AUGGCCCUUGAAGGGCCGGCGUUCGCACGCAUUCCACCAUGGGUGCAGCAGAAGCUCUCCCCACUGGCAAUUGAGAAGAUCCAAGCCGUUCAUGACUGGGUGGAAAACGAGUGCAUCCCCCGUGAGCAAAUCAUGAAAGCUCAGCUGGAAGGGCGAAGGUGGACGACACCGCCGCUGAUGCACGAGCUACGGGAAAAGGCCAAGCAGAAGGGCCUCUUCAAUCUGUUCUUGCCAAAUCAUUUUAAGGAGAGCCCUGGUUUGACAAAUCUGGAGUACUCUUGCUGUGCUGAAAUCAUGGGAAGGUGUUACUGGGCAGCACAGACGAUGAACUGCCAUGCUCCCGAGACUGGCAAUAUCGAGCUGUUGGCGAAAUACUGCAACGAGGAACAGAAGAAGAAGUGGCUUCAGCCGCUUCUCGAUGGAACUGCUGCGUCCGCAUACUCAAUGACAGAGCCAGAUGUUGCUUCGUCGGAUGCAACGCAAAUUGGCAUUCGCAUUACUCGCGAGGGUGACAGUUAUGUUAUCAAUGGUCGUAAACUGUAUGGCAAUUGUCUGUGGAACAAAGAGCUAUCUUUCUACAUUCUCAUGGGUCUCUCGGAUCCUAACAACUCUGACCGUUGGCGCCGUCAUUCCAUGGUCAUCGUCCCUUGCAAUACACCUGGAAUUAACCAGGUACGUAACCUGAGUAUCAUGGGUUAUGAUCAUGCUCCCGAGGGCCACGGAGAGUAUGUUUACAACAAUGUGCGCAUCCCGGUGGAGAAUGUCAUUCUGGGCGAAGGCCGAGCCUUUGAGAUUGCACAAGGCCGUCUUGGUCCAGGCCGCAUUCACCACUGCAUGCGACUGAUCGGACAGUGCGAGAGAGCUUAUGAACUGGCGUUGAUUCGGUGCAAUGACCCCCGCAAGAAGCCAAGAGGCAAGCUUAUCGGCGAGUUCGACAGCAACAUCGAGAGGAUUGCGCAAAUGCGCCUUGAGCUGGAUGGCGCCCGCCUCAUUGUGCUCAAUGCCGCUGAUACUAUGGAUCUUUUCGGCAACAAAGCUGGUAAGCGUGCCAUUGCCCAGAGCAAGAUCCUGGUGCCAAAUCUCGCCACCAAGAUCAUCGAUGAGUGUAUGCAAAUGUAUGGUGGUCAGGGUCUAACCCAACACACACCAUUGCCUGAGAUGUGGACAUACGCACGCUUUGUACGAGUGGCAGAUGGGCCGGACGCGGCGCAUCGACAUCAAGUCGGACGGGAGGAGAUGAAAGCAGCAAAGGAGUUUAGGAGAAGGCAUGACGGAUAUCAGGAGCGUUAUAAGAAGUUUGCGGAACAAUAUGGCGAGAAAUAUGUCUCAUUUGACUAG